GUGCCACGGGCUAUUAUGGUAGACUUGGAGCAAACUGUAGUAGAUGAAGUGCGGACUGGCACUUACCGUCAGCUUUUCCAUCCAGAACAGCUGAUCACUGGAAAGGAAGAUGCAGCUAAUAACUAUGCCCGUGGUCACUAUACCAUUGGCAAAGACAGAAUUGACUUGGCAUUAGAUCGUAUCCGUAAACUGGCCGAUGCCUGUUCUGGGCUACAGGGAUUCCUGAUUUUCCACAGCUUUGGUGGGGGCACUGGCUCUGGCUUUACCUCCUUGUUGAUGGAACGCCUCUCCCUGGAUUAUGGCAAGAAGUCCAAACUGGAGUUUGCCAUCUACCCAGCCCCUCAAGUCUCCACUGCCGUAGUGGAGCCGUACAACUCCAUCCUGACCACUCACACCACCCUGGAGCAUUCAGACUGCGCCUUCAUGGUGGACAACGAGGCCAUCUAUGACAUCUGCUGUCGCAACUUGGACAUUGAGCGCCCCACUUACACCAACCUUAACCGUCUCAUCAGCCAGAUAGUCUCAUCAAUCACUGCCUCUCUGCGCUUCGAUGGUGCCCUCAAUGUGGAUCUGACAGAGUUUCAGACCAACCUGGUGCCUUACCCUCGCAUCCACUUCCCCUUGGUAACAUAUGCACCCAUCAUCUCCUCCGAGAGAGCCUACCACGAGCAGCUGUCAGUGGCGGAAAUCACCAGUUCCUGCUUUGAACCCAACAACCAGAUGGUGAAGUGUGAUCCACGUCAUGGAAAAUACAUGGCCUGCUGCAUGCUGUACCGCGGUGACGUGGUCCCCAAAGAUGUCAACGUAGCUAUUGCUGCCAUCAAGACCAAGAGAACUAUCCAGUUUGUGGACUGGUGUCCAACAGGCUUCAAGGUUGGAAUCAAUUACCAGCCUCCCACAAUAACACCCGGAGGAGACCUGGCCCAAGUGGAACGUGCCGUCUGCAUGCUAAGCAACACCACAGCCAUCGCUGAGGCCUGGGCAAGGCUGGACCACAAGUUUGAUCUGAUGUAUGCCAAGAGGGCAUUUGUGCACUGGUAUGUUGGUGAAGGCAUGGAGGAAGGGGAGUUUGCAGAGGCCCGAGAGGACUUGUCUGCACUGGAGAAGGACUACGAGGAAGUGGGAACGAACUCAUUUGGAGAAGAAAAUGACGGGGAGGAAUUUUGA